AUGGCGGAUUGGUUUGUUAGUGAGAAACGGGGCAUAAGCUGGAAAGACCAAACCCUAAACACCAUAUCCCCACCACCACUACCUCUAGUGGCGUUUUCGGGCCUCGUAAUCGCCUUAUUGUACCUCGCCUACAGCUCGGGCCAUCACGAGAGGGUGGAGCGGAGGAGGUCCGACCUCAGGUUCGGGCUCAUCCUGCUGCCGAUGGCGGUGGUUCUGGCCGUGAACGUGGUGGCUCUCCGGCGCAGGGUGGCCAGGUACGUCCUUGGAGUGCCGCCGGUAGCGGCUGAGGCGGUGGCGGAGGAUGGAGGGUCGGUGGUGGGGCUUUUGCUGGUUCUGCUCUUGGUGCUUGUUAUGGUUCAUUAUCAGUCUUCGGUUCAGUCUGGAUGGUUUAGACUGUUUUAG